AUGACGACGGCUCUUGCCGCGCAACUUGCGCAGAUCAAUUCUAAUAUCAAGGAAGCUGUCGACCUCAAAGCUCAGAAGGCCGCCCAUUCCAAGUCAUUGAUAUUUGAGCCGAGGAUUGCAGCUACACAAAACUUCCAGACGCUCUAUAGUAUAUGUCGUGAAGGAUUCGACGACUUGUGCCGUCUCGAUGCCCAUUUUGUCUCGUUUGGCACCACGAUAUUCAGCGAACAGAGCCGGGAUGAGGACCGCAGCCAAAUGACCCAGGACGAAAAUGCAGAGCUGGACAAGAAGAUAGAGUCAUUUCUGCGCUUGGUCGGUAGCCGGUUGAGACUGAGUCCCGCCAUAAAAGCUCUCGAAUGGCUCAUUCGCAGGUUUAGGAUUCACCAAUACAAUACGGCCAUGCUUAUAGCGACAUUCCUCCCGUACCACUCAUUACCGGCCUUUACGACGCUUUUGGAUAUCUUGCCAUCCACGCUUCCCGCCGAAUUCCGAUUUCUAGAUCCUUACAAACGAUCAUUGACACAGCCUCCGCGAUCUGUUCUCGUCCACCGAGCCACUCAUCACCCCGAAUUUAUGUCGGUCAUAUCCCAGUAUACCUUGCAAUCAUGCAGAAGUCAGCAGCAUUAUCCUGUCUUAAUAUCCUUCUGGGCUAGCAUCAUGCUCGAGGCAGUAACCGGCAUGUUGGAUAUGAUGCGAUCUGGACGUCGUAGCGUACAGAAGAGCAACGACCAGGCGCUCUUACACCAGAUUGGACCUGUACUAAGCGAGGCUUUGGUGAUGGACAAAGUAUCCGAUCUACAGAUUGCCGCUUACAUGAUCACCGUAGCGUAUGUCUCGCAUGGAGAUCUCGACGAUGCUGUUAUCACAGCGUUGAUGGACCAGGUGGUUGAGGGUUGGACCCCUUCCACUGUUCGCCCUGGACUUGUCUGCUUGUCUAUUCUCGCCCAUCAUCGGUCGGCUAAGCAGACGUCUAGAAAAACUACCAAGGCAUUGCUUAAGAUUUCGGGACUCUCUGACAUGCUAGUGGUCAUAGGAAAGGAGCACACGGUGGAAAAACUCGCCUAUGGUUUCUGUGUGGCCUUGGUGGAUAGGCUGGUUAGGAAAGGCGAGGCAAAUGGGCUGCCCAUCGUCGAAUCGGUCAUCUCGAAACAAAUCCUCAGUGAGCAACAGCUCGGCUUUGUCGUCAAGUCUCUGAUAUUAGCUGCUCACAAAACCGAAGAUGAUGUUGAUGAUGAGGGUCGGGCCAGGAAAGCCCUUGCAUCAACUAUCGUGAGACUGUCUCAAGCAGCUGGAGACACGGGACGAGUAUUUGCGAAGACCAUCGAAGACACCGGAUUUGACGUUGAAGAACUGGAAAUGAAGCUGGGUACUGCGAUCCGACCAAAAUUGAUCGCGUCACAAACGCAGCCUGAAGCGAUGGACGAAGACCUAGAGAUCGCCAUAACGACUGAAGAUUUCAGCUCGGGAUUUGAGCGUCUCAACAAUCCUCCAGAAACACAUCUGGAUUCUUGUCUUUCGUCGUCCCCGCCCGACAUUUUUACGGACCUCUGCUCGCUUUACCUGACUGCGUGCAAUAGUCCAGAAAACUUGACAGCUUUCGAAACGGUUGCAUCACUCCAGAGCAGUCAGGCAACUAACGGUACAUUCUUCUUCACAUUCUUCAUGCGAAUCUGGUGUAGUCCUCGGUAUCCAGCAUUGGCACGGAGGAGCGCCUUACAGAUGGUGAAAGAGCGCCUUAAGUCGGCAGAUUGCACAACUAUUGACUUCCAGGCCAUGGUACCUUACUGUAUCGCUGCUCUCAGUGAUCCCUCGAAAAAGGUUCGCCGGGCUGCCGCAGAUCUAGUCGCUGUUAUAGAUGCACUAUGUGAACAACAUGACGGCAGAACACGAAUAACUUGGGGUCUCGAGAAACUCUAUAACGCUACGGAAUCUACUGAACGGAUGAGUACAGAGACAGCCCGCAAAAUGCUUCAAAACGUGGUCGUACCGAGCUUGGAGGAAUGUGUGUUGAAUGCUGAUCACAUACACGCCGUGGUCCAAAACGCUUUGAAUAGUAGCUCGAGGGCCUCUGUCGACGGAAGUGGCAAGGACAGAAAAGGCCAUCUCUCACAUGGGACGCGAUUGUCGGUAUUUGCUUUCUUAGCCGCCCACGUCAUUCAAACACCUCUUAUAAUCGUUAAACUACGGUUAUUGAAGGCCAUGAAUCAAGUGAAAGGCGUAUCGGGGACUACUCGUACGGAGCUGUUGCUACCACUGCUGCAAUGGUGGGUGUCUCUGCCUACAGAGACAAUUGACAGCAUUUGCAUUGCAGAGGAUAUUGAGCAGUCAACAAUGGAUGAGGCAGUCAUGGAUAUACUUCUGCCCAACGAAAGGGCCGGACUAGACUUUCUCCUGGAAGUGGUUCAGAAGCCAGAAAUGAACUCACGACCAGCUUUCGUACGAGCCGCAUUUGGGCGCAUUAAAAAAAUGUGGUCCUCGAUGAAGCUGGAUGCGAAACAUAAUGUAGCUGAAAAGUUACUGGAAUUGACUCUGGAGGACCCUUCAGGAGAUGUCAGCGCGGUUUCUGCGGAGGCUGCCGAUCUUCUCAAAAACGUUGAGCUCACCACAGACAUACUGUUGGUUUUCCUGGAGUCAUUGGAAAGCGCAGCCAAGUUAGCGGUGGAAUUUCCUUCGACCAAACGACGACGGUUGAGCUCAUCGGAAAACAUGCAAACCGACUUACCUCCAAGCAAGCGACGGAGAUCAAGCUCAUCUGCGUCAAAGCCGACGGAAUCUCUAUCUCCCUCUCACAAGCAAAACCGGACAAGCUCACUGGAGGUGGAUGGGCCCGUUGCCACCCAGCUUCCUCUAAAAGUGAUCCAGGCUUUGAAGCAAGUCACUUUCAUCCUACAGAUUGUUGAAGGAUCCGAACCCGCAAAGCACCCGCAGUUGCUUAACGCGUUAUUCAAUACCCUGUCCGAACUUCAGCACUUCCGAGCUCUUCUCGGCUCUGAACAUGGGUACCUUCAAAAGCUUGUACUUGACAGUUUAUUGGCCAUGAUGCCGGCUUACGAGAACGACAAGAGUCUCAAAAUUGAUGGGUCUGGUGGGUAUGGAGAUCUGCUGGUGACUUGCAUCCAGAAGUCCUCCAGUCCUGCGGUCCAGAAGACUGCACUCCUCCUCGUGGCAAGGCUCGCGAAUGUGGCUCCAGAUCUGGUGCUCAAUAGUGUGAUGCCCAUCUUCACGUUCAUGGGAAGCUCCGUUCUUCGCCAGAGCGAUGACUACUCCGCGCAUGUCAUCAACCAGACUGUGGAACAGGUUGUGCCGCCACUGAUUGCAUCGCUGCGAAAAGGCAAGAGAAGUCCGGUCGCAGGUGCCUCUGAGAUCCUACUGAGCUUCGUCACCGCCUUUGAGCACAUCCCGUCCCAUCGGAGACUUGGCUUGUUUGUCUCUCUUGUCAAGACUGCUGGAGCGGAGGACUUCCUCUUCGCACUAUUGGCAAUGCUGGUUAACAAAUAUGGCUUCACAGGUGAGGUGCUGAGGUUUGCGGGCGAAGUAUUCAACUACUUUGAAGUCGAAGUCCAGUUCCAGUCGUUGAUCAAGCAUGUAAGCCUGAUUGGGGACAUUUUCCAAUCAAAGCGUACGCUUUCUACCGUGCUGCUCGGUGCGGGCGAAGAUAACAAGCAGGAUCCGCAAAAGAUCGCGCUAUCUCAAUUGAACAUGCUGCCGCAUCUUUUGUCCAGCAGGAAGCUGACAGCCCACGUCAGUACAUUGGCCGAACGAGACGAUAUGGACGCUGCCAAGAUUCGUGAGCUAUACGCCAGCCUCCUGAAGGAUAUUCUAUCCUUGGCAGAGACUCUGAAGCCAUACAAGGCGCUCCAUAGUCGGUGUGGCGAUGCAGUUUCCAAAAUGCUCAACUUGUUGUCUAUUGGCGAAUUCAUCAAGUCGGUUGAGACCUUGUUGGAUAGGCCAGACGCUGUGGUCCGACGCAAGGUUCUUCGCGCCCUCCAGGAUCGAAUCGAUCAGGAGCGACAAGCCAAUGCAGCCGCGAGAUCCGCACUUUUGGCCUUCCUUCCACAGCUUACGGCCAUUAUCAGGGCUUCUGAUGACAUGCCGUACAAGCAUAUUGCGGUCGAGUGUGUCGACAAGAUCGCCGAGAAGUUCGGCAAGAAGGACCCAGAAGCCGUCACGGCUGCAGCGGAGACUAUUGCCGGUGACCAGUGCCUUGGCCAGUCUGACGUUCGGCUGCGUAUCAUGGCGCUGUGCUGCCUAGCAUCACUUGUGGAUGUGUUGCAGGAUGGAAUUGUUCAGAUUUUGCCAAUCGCCAUUCCAAAAUGCCUUGCCUAUAUGAAGGAGAGUGUUGAAAACGGUAGCGCAGACGCCGAGUUGCCCAAAGCAAGCUAUGCCCUCAUGACAGCGCUCGCACAGCACCUCCCGUAUAUGGUCUCGAAAUCAUACUUGACACAACUACUGGCUAUUUCCAGUGCUUCUGCCGAGCAUAACGUGGCCGGCGAAGCUCGCAUUGAAUGUCUCCAGUCGCUGGCAAAGCAGCUCGACGCGAAGCUCAUGUUCUCCGCCCUUGAGGCGAAUUGGAGUAUAGCUACAGAAUCGGGAUUCACAGCAACCAAAGAAUACCUCGACAUUCUUGGAGUGGCUAUUGACAAACACACCAAAUUGACUAUCGCCAAGAAUGGCCAGCUCUUGUCAACCAUCUUCCGCGCAGCCUUUGACCUGCGCAGAGAACAGUGCACCAAGAGUAACGAAAGCUUCACUCCAGGACACCUUAGCCGCAUCGAGGAUACAACCAAUGCCGUCGCCUUGCGCAUGAUCUUCAAGCUCAACGAUGCUUCAUUCCGCCCCAUCUUCUCCCAGUUGAUGGAUUGGGCUGUCGCCCUUCCCGAAUCCGACUCUACGGGCCGUAACCUCCGUCUGCUGAGCGUCUUCAAUUUCUUGAUCGCCUUCUUCGACAGCCUCAAGGCAGCUGUCACGAGCUACGCCUCCUAUGUGAUCGAAGCGGCCGUUGGUGUGCUACGGACCGCCAAUCUGCGAAACCAGGAACAAGUCGAGUUGUGGAAGAAGGUCCUUCACACGCUGUCCAAGUGCUUCGAGCAUGACAACGAUGACAUCAAGUUCUGGCAGGCACCGGCUCACUUUGGAGCCGUUGCCCCAGCGCUCACGGCCCAAUUUGCCCACGCCGCGGCGGGCGUUGACUUGUAUCAGGAUUUAUUCCCGGCCGUGGUCGAGUUGGCUGCAGCUGCGGACAGCCGUGACCACUGGAAGGAGCUCAACGGUGCUUUGUUGAAACACUUGCGGUCUGAGCACGCAGCGGUACGCCUAGCUGCCGUGAAGUGCGAGCAGGCUCUCUGGGAGCGACUGGGCGGCGCAGAUGAGUGGCAGGACAUGCUGCCUGAGACAGGACCGUAUCUGAGUGAGCUGCAAGAGGAUGAUGACGAGGAAGUCGAGCGGGAAACGCAUCGCUGGAUCGUGGUUAUUGAGGGCAAGAUGGGGACGCAGUUGGAUGGCAUGUUACAAUGA